CCGGAAGUGGAGGUAAGAGAUGACUCUCCUCUUUUUUUCAUGGUGAGCCCUCGCUCAGCCGGCUGCGCGGUACAGGUCGUCUAUUUAAGGUGAAACUAGAGGCGCCCUCCACCCUGGAAUAGAGAGGAAGAAAGCCUGCAGAUUUGAACCUACCUGCUUUCAAGCUGGUCAUCAUGAUGAAACUUAGACACAAGAAUAAAAAGCCAAGUAAAGGUUCCAAAGGCUGCAAGAAGCCUGCAAAGCAGAAUGGGAAGAAAGCAGCCUCUAGAGUGGCCUCUGCUCCCCAGUUUGUUCACUCCAAUGAUGGUGCCAAUUGGGACACUGAAUUAAAGAAGAAGAGGGUUGGGGAGAUGAGGGAGAAGCGGCAAGCUGCCCGGGAGCAAGAGAGACACAGACGCAGGACCAUUGAGAGCUACUGUCAGGAUGUCCUGCGACGCCAAGAGGAAUUUGAGCGCAAGGAAGAGGUUUUGCAGGAAUUAAAUAUGUUUCCUCAGCUGGAUGAUGAGAGCACAAGGAAGGCUUAUUACAAGGAGUUCCGUAAGGUGGUGGAAUACUCUGAUGUGAUUCUGGAAGUCCUGGAUGCCAGGGACCCGCUAGGCUGCCGUUGCUUCCAAAUGGAGGAGGCUGUCCUGCGGGCAGAAGGCAACAAGAAGCUGGUCCUGGUCUUGAACAAGAUUGACCUGGUCCCCAAGGAGGUUGUGGAAAAGUGGCUGGAUUACCUUCGGAAUGAGCUGCCAGCUGUGGCUUUCAAGGCCAGCACCCAGCAUCAGGUCAAAAACCUGAGUCGUCGUAGUGUGUCAGUGGAGCAGGCCUCUGAGUCACUGCUGAAAAGCAAAGCCUGCUUUGGAGCUGAAAACCUCAUGAGAGUUCUGGGGAACUAUUGUCGCCUUGGCGAAGUGCGCACCCAUAUCCGUGUGGGCGUUGUGGGCCUUCCCAAUGUUGGAAAGAGCAGCCUGAUCAAUAGCCUGAAGCGCAGCCGUGCGUGCAGUGUGGGAGCUGUUCCUGGGGUCACCAAGUUUAUGCAGGAGGUCUACCUGGACAAGUUCAUCAGGCUGCUGGAUGCCCCAGGCAUUGUUCCAGGACCCAACUCAGAGGUGGGCACCAUCCUGCGCAACUGCAUCCAUGUGCAGAAGUUGGGAGACCCCGUGACCCCGGUGGAGACCAUCUUGCAGCGCUGUAACUUGGAGGAGAUUUCCAACUAUUACGGUGUCUCUGGGUUCCAGACCACUGAGCACUUUCUGACUGCAGUGGCCCACCGCUUGGGGAAGAAGAAGAAGGGAGGCAUAUACAGUCAGGAGCAGGCGGCCAAAGCUGUCCUGGCUGACUGGGUGAGCGGGAAGAUCAGCUUCUAUACACUUCCACCUGCCACCCACACUCUACCUGCCCAUCUCAGUGCUGAGAUCGUUAAGGAAAUGACUGAGGUCUUUGACAUUGAGGAUACUGAGCAGGCCAACGAAGACACCAUGGAAUAUGAGGAAACUGAGGUUCCAAGAUCAGCUCCAUCAGGCUUGGCCACUGGAGAAUCUGAUGAGCUGUUGGGUGACGUGGACCCGCGCGAAAUGGAGAUCAAGUGGCUCCAUUCUCCGAUGAUGAAAAUAGCAGAUGCCAUGGAAAAUAAAACCACCGUGUAUAAGAUUGGAGAUCUCACUGGGUAUUGCACCAAUCCAAACCGUCAUCAGAUGGGGUGGGCUAAGCGCAAUGUGGACCACCGCCCCAGGAACGAUAGCACAGUGGACGUCUGCCCAGUAGACCGCCGCCCAAUGCUGCAGAGGAUCAUGGAGACGGACCCCCUGCAGCAGGGCCAGGCUCUGGCAUCUGCCCUGAAGAAUAAGAAGAAGAUGCAGAAGCGUACAGAUAAACUUGCCAGCAAGCUGUCUGAUACCAUGAUGUCUGUCCUCGACCUCUCUGGCAACGCUGAUGACAGUGCUGGUGACUGAUGGACUGAUCUCACCCCCCAACUCCAAGCACCAGUUUCAGUGGGAUAGGGGAAUACAGAUGGAAUGGUUUGCUUCUCCCUGAAGCACCUAAAUAUUAAAAGAAGCCCCACCGUGUUGCCCCCUCCCCCCCCACCUCCCACCACACACACGGUGUUUCGUCCAUUCUUCAGGAAAAAAAAAAGUCUCUAGUGGCUGAAACUGGCAAACCCAAUACCCUUAUUUAACCCCCACUUCCUUUUACAAGAGAAAUAAAUCAUCAGCAGAUC